CGUGACGAAAGGACACGCGGCCAAUGGCAAGCGGGCUCUAGCGAUUCAAACAGGCCGCUCUGGGUUUCAAGUCGAAGCGAUUCGAGCGGAAUUACGAGUGCGUGUCCUGGCGUCGAUCGUGGCGUUAAAAUACACAAGAAAUACCAGAAAAAAUUACGUUAACGUGGCCGAGUGAAAUCGUAGCUUAGCUCUAAGCCGUAAAUCAUCAAGUGUCGGCAAACCAACGGAAAUCCAGUCGAGUGUGCACUUCUACUAUAAAUCAGCCCUUUGAAUAAAAAUAACAAAGGUAUUAUCCAAAAGCAUUAUAAAUAAUGGUAAUGCCGAACGCUCAAAGAAAGUGCGAACUACUCACCUAAUGAAGACCAGUGCUCAAAUCUAAGCAUAAAACAUAAACUAAAUAAUAAAUAAGCACAAAAAUCAACUUCAAACCACAUUUGAAGUGGAGAAGGACCUGGAGGAGGAGGAGGAGGUUAAAGCCACAACAUGACCCGCUUUCGCAUAAAAAACCUGAAAAUCCUCUCCUGCUGCCUCAGCGUUUGGGUGGUGCUCUUCCUCUUCGGCGGGGCGCUGCACCUGGCCCAGGGCAGCGAGUUUCCCGAGCGCGAAUGUUGCGACCUCACCACCACAUCCACUGUGGGGCCCCUGCCCAUGCCCCCCGCAGCGCUGCCCACCGACAAAUCACCCUCAUCGGCCACAACGGCCUUGGAGACGGAUCUGGCCAUCGGACGAUCGGGUUCCACCAUUAAAGGCGUCGUGGCCAUACUAAACUGCAUUUUGGCCCGACAACUCUGUUUCGAGGAUCCCUCAUGCUCGGCUAUAUUGGAAAUUAUACCCCGCGUCUGCGGCCCGAUACCAGUGUCCUGCAGCACCGUGACAGUGACCAAGUGCCAGGCAGCUCUUCGCACCCUGCAGGCCUUCCAAUUCUUCCGGCCAACAUGUUUGUGCAAAGAGCCCGGCAUGGAUCCCGACUGCAAUCAUUUUCGGGACUUCCUGUUCGAUCAUCCCUGCGGAUUUGUGCUGAAGAAGGCCGAAAAGGAUCCGUAUCCCAUAGACGCACUACCCACGUGCAAUCAUGCUCUGUCCGUCUGUCAGCAGGAACGCAAAUGCCUGAAGCUCUUCGAGGACUUCAAAACGCAUUGUAAAGUUCGUGACAACAAGUGCAAAAUGGAAAACAGGGACGCCUGCCACGAUUCCUGGACCAACCUCCGUCUAUCGCCCAUGUUCGGGUGUAUCUGCCCAAACAACCAUAUGAAAAAGCGCUGUGAUCGUAUCUUUAAUAUUGUUAAUCACAAUCCGUGUGUGGACAGACUAAUAUUUUUCCCCAACGGUCUGCCAAAAUUGAAGCAACAGAGACCAAAGGCAAAGCCGCGACCAAAACCGAAAGCGAGACCCAAGCCGAAACCAAAACCAAAGCUGAAGCAUUUCGGCGGCAUCAAUGGCACGGAGCUCAUGUCCAACAAUAUAGAGUACCAUGAUGAGCCCAACAUGGAAGUGCAUUCCCCCGGCGAGGCGGAGGACCAAGAGGCAGCCGGGGACGAGGAGGAGGGUGACGAGGCUAACGAGGACGACGACGACGAGGAGGAGGACGACGAUUAUGACGACCGCAUACGGGCCGAAAUUUAUUCAAACUAUCCGCACUACCUCCAUCCUCCGUCCUGGGGCAUCAACAAUCCGCUGGUCUUGGCCUCCCACAGUCCGCACACUCUGGACGACGAUGACGAUGUGGUCGUAGAGGUGGCCCACAAGAAGCCACCGCCAGUUCGCCACGAGAAUCUGGAGCACGAUGUGGUGGUGGUGGUGGAUGCCGGGCCGCAUUCCCACGGCCAUCCGCACACCCACACCUACUACACGCACGGGGAUCUGACCACCAUCUCCACGGGAUCGGGACAUGGAGGAGAGGGAGGUGUCGGAGCGCCAGCGCCCACGAUUCCCAGCCCACCUAACACUGGCACCAAAAUGCACAAAACAGCACCACUCGGCGAUUUAGUUGCCGGCAGCGACAUAACCCACCGCACGUACACAGGGCCCACGAUGGACGAACGAGUAAGAAUAUUGGGCAUGGACGAGAAACUGCAUCAGAGAAUCUUCAAUGAUAAUUUGGCCCUUAUUGAUACGCCACUUAUAGCCAUGGGCUCCGGCUACGGGUCCAGUUCCGGCGUGGUGACCACUUCCGGCUCCGGCCUGGGCCACCUGUCCGGCAGCUUUAACUAUCCGGGCUCGAUGCACGGCGUGCCCAGCUAUCCGUUCAAUAUAAGCGGCUUCCAUCAGCGGCACAUGGCAGCGGCGGCUGCCGUCGAUAAUGAACCAUUCGAUAUCAUUGAUACGGGCUUCGGCUACGGCGGAAACGGAAAUGCCGGUGUUUACUACCAAAGUGGUCAGGAUGUCGAAGUUGACCUCUCAACGGAAAUAAUCAAGCAACACUUUCAGAGUACCUGUCACACAGCAUUGGACACUUGCCGGGAAGAUCCGUCCUGUUCGUCGUCCCUGCAGCCGAUGCUGAUGCACUGCGAAAUGCACCGAUGCAAUCGCAACGCGUGCAUGUCCUCUCUGCAGGCCUUCUACAAGGGUCCCCACGAGGACCUCAAUCUGGACAUCGCCUUUUGUCUAUGCAAAAAAACAAGCAGCGGCAUUGGGAGCGGCGGCAGCAGCAGCCAGCAGAACGGCAAUCGGCACGACAUGUGCAUGAUUGCACAGGAAAAACUGCAUCCCGUGUGCGCCCAGCGGCCGCCAGAUAACAGUAAUCCGGCCAGCUCCAACGGCAUUUAUUACCAUCCGCCGCCCGCCUGUCAUGUGGUCGCCGACAGCUGCAAGGAGGAUCGCGAGUGCAGGCUGAAACUAGAGUAUUAUGAACAGGCCUGCGCCGUGGAUAGCGUCACCAAAAAAUGCGCUGGGAAACCCAGUGGCUGUCGAACCGCCAUGAUUGGGAUUUUGGGCACCAUGUUGAGGACAACCUGUGCCUGCCAGGGAACCGAUCCCCAGCACCUUUACCAGUGCGUGGGAUGGCGGCGGCUCCUCUGGAUGAAUCCUUGUGUGGUUGAGGCUCAAAAAGAUUUCCAUAUGAAGCGAUUGGCCGAACUCGGCUUCCUUACCACCACAACAACGACAACCACCACAACAACAACGACGACGACGACAACAACUACACGCGCACCACCGCCCCCACCACCGCCGCCGCCCACGACAACAAGAACGACCACAACGAGCCUGCAACCGAAGCAGACGCAAAGGAAGCCGCCCACGCACAUCUUCACGGACUUCCCUGCGGCAAAGGAGAAAUCAGAGCCAGCAUCGGUGGAACACAAUUAUCUCGAUCCGCCCGAUUCAAUACCGCUGCCCAGCGUAAACGUCGAGAGCGGCGGAAAUGGCGGAAAUGACGAUUAUCACAACGGCAAUGGACACGGAAAUGGAAAUGGCAACGGCAACGGCCACGGCCAUGGCAAUGGCAAUGCUAACGGUAACGGUAACGGCAGUCGACGUAAAAAUGGCGGCCACGGCGGAAAGGGACAGGGCUUGGGACGUGGCAGCAGCAACUCCGGCAGUGUAGAUUUCGAUGAUCCAGUAAUUUUCGUUGACCCAAGGGAAACAACUGAAUUUGUGGGCAUCAGCAUCACGGAGCCGGUAACCACAACAACCACAACAAUGGCAACCACAACAACAACUCAGCCGCCAAGAAAUUGUGUGGUUCAACGUCCUCGUCAAUCCGACCAACUAAUUCGGGAGGGCAGCAGCAAGCGGAUCUACUCCUUGGAUGAUGUCGAGUGCAGUGAGCUAUGCAGCUGCGGCGACUCACUCACCCUCACCUGCCACGCCCUCUGCGUGCCAUUCGCCCCAUGCCGCACCGCGCUCGCCUUCUACAGCCAUGCCUCCCCCGCCUACCAGGCAUUCCGCGGCCGCUGCCUCUGCUACUCGGGACGCUUCAUCUGCAUGAAGCCGCCGCUCGGGGAGUACAUUCUUCCAGGUGGGGUUUUCCUGCUCCUGGGCUACAGUGCCGCCGACGAGGCACUCCUGAGGCCCCACACGAACCUGGGGGUGCAGGACGCCGUGCGCGCCCUCCAGCAAUACGUAACCACAUACAUCGAUAAUCAGACGCAGUGCACCCUGACGUUGUUCAACAUGACGGAGGAGAACAUUAUAAUUGCAGCGCGCUUACCGCACGACGGCAAACUUAAGGAUAUUGAGCUGUUGCGCAAGGAGAAGGACGAGUGCACCGCGAUUCUGAAAACCAUCAGUCAUCAAAUCAAUAACGAGCACAGUGAACUCCAAUCCCACCGACUGCUGAGCAUUUUCAAAAUGUCCGAAGUCGAGGUCGUCUGGCCGGAGAGCACGAGUGCGGCGGCCCGGAGUGGUCAUGGACCGGGUCCGGGUCCGGCCAACUUCGCCGGCUGCCAGCGGCUGCUGUACGUGGCGAUGCUCGCGCUGGCUUAUCUCUCCACCCGGACAACGAUGCGUAUGAGCUAUGUGGCGACAUGACAGCCGCAUAGCUGAAGGAUUACGGCAAGGACAAUUGCUUAACUGUAUGUAAUAGAUAUGUGUGAGGGGCGGGCAAGGUGGAACUAAGGGCGCUGGGUAAUACAUACGAUGUAUAACUAUAAUAGCUACUAAACUAAAUGGAAGGUAUUGGUGGCCUAGCAUAAUCGUAAUCAUAAACGUGUUGUAUACAUUUAGGGGCUAGUUCUGUGUUUAGCUGCGAUUUUUGUGAAGCUUUGUUGUUGACCUUUGAUGACGGUGAUGCUGUCUCUUUUGAUACGUAUGUGAAGCAUUAUGAGAUAUACAAAAUAUAACACUAGAACAUAAACCUAGAACUCAAUUAGAUUAAUCUUUAUAAUGUAUACCUAAAUGUGAAAUGGAAAACUGCUGUCUACAUAAUAAUAUUAUUAGCAAAUAACUGAGAGGAACUCGAUAGUUGAAUUUGAUUUGGCAAGUUGUACAUAGAGGAGAAGGGAUAGCCGUAAAGUAUUCGAACUAUAGCUAGUGUUUUGUACGAUAAAUCAAUAUAAAUAUCUGUCGGUCCAUCAGAAUCACACUCUUAUACACUCACACGAAGUAAAACAUUUUAAAAAUUAAGACUCGUUGCAUGGCCUUUAUUGUUUGAUGUUUAAGCUCUUUAAAGUGCUCACCACCCUCAUUUAAAAAGAAUUAUUAACCGCCUUAACAAUGUUUGCUCUGUUAAAGAAUGUGAAUGCCUCUCGAGGAUAUUCCAUGACCGCUCUUUCUGAUUUUUAAUUACAUUUUAAUGUCGGCAGGCCUGCGUUUUCCUUGUUUUCGUUGUUUUUCUCGUUUUCAGGCGGAAAGCAAACAGAAACUUUCCGCCCGGCUAGUGAACUUUCAUUUAACACUCACAUUCGGUGGCGAGAGUGUGCCAAACGAUGCUGUUAAUUUAUUUCAUAGUUUUCCGUUCGGCGAGAAAACAAUUACGGUUUCAUUAUCAAUUAUGCGUUAUGCAUUUCCAUUAUUGGCACAAUUUUAUUGGCCCCCAAUCGGCCGUGAACUCGCCUCGUUUCAACAGGUUUCAUUGCCACGAUUACCCACUUUCAGUUCGCUGUACAUAAUUAUAUGUAGAGUAUACCCUAUCGUCCCACUUUCAAAUCAAUUGACGUAAUUAAUACUAAACCAGUACAUAUCAAUAUGAACACCUAACAAGUUUACACACAGAAGAUGAAAUUUCUUACAAUGAAUGUCCCUCGAAUGCUCGAAUCUUUUGUAUAUACUUCUUUAUACUUAAAGUUUACAACGAUAUACAAUAGCAGAAAAUACAGCCUAGAUCAACUUUAUGAAAU